UAUCGCACAGUGAAUCUGUAAUUUAAAUAGUGAGCAUCGAGUCCAAGAUUUUGGAUAAAAAGAACUAAUCAACUGUAAAGCUCUCAACUCACUAAUCAAGUCAAAAUGGCGAUCCAUCUACCAAUUCGACAGCUAUUCAUCGACGGAGAGUGGAGAGAACCCAUUCUCAAAAAACGCAUCCCCGUUAUCAACCCUGCAACGGAACAGAUCGUCGGUGAUAUACCUGCAGCUACUGCAGAAGAUGUGGAGAUUGCAGUGGAAGCAGCUAGGAAAGCAUUUUCUAGGAACAAAGGCCAAGACUGGUCCUCCACUUCUGGUGCUUAUCGUGCCAAGUAUUUGCGUGCUAUUGCUGCUAAGAUAACAGAGAAGAAAUCUGAACUAGGAAAACUUGAAGUAAUUGAUUGUGGAAAACCUCUCGAUGAAGCACUGUGGGACAUGGAUGAUGUUGCAGGAUGUUUUGAGUACUAUGCGGACCUUGCUGAAGGCUUAGAUGCAAAGCAGAAAGCUCCUGUUUCUCUUCCUAUGGAAACAUUUAAGAGCUAUGUUCUUAAAGAACCACUUGGGGUUGUUGCACUGAUCACUCCAUGGAAUUACCCGCUAUUGAUGGGUGCAUGGAAAGUGGCUCCAGCCCUAGCUGCUGGGUGCACUGCAAUACUGAAGCCAUCUGAACUGGCAUCCGUGACGUGUUUGGAGCUGGCUGAAGUGUGUAGAGAGGUUGGUCUUCCUCCUGGUGUCCUCAAUAUUUUAACUGGGUUGGGCACUGAAGCAGGUGCUCCUUUGGCAUCCCAUCCUCAUGUCGACAAGGUUGCGUUUACUGGUAGCUCUGCUACAGGGAGCAAGAUAAUGGCAUCUGCAGCUCAAAUGGUCAAGCCUGUUUCAAUGGAGUUAGGUGGGAAAAGCCCAAUCAUUGUUUUUGAGGAUGUUGAUCUUGAUAAGGCGGUUGAGUGGACCCUCUUUGGUUGCUUUUGGACAAAUGGCCAGAUUUGCAGUGCAACAUCUCGUCUUUUAGUGCAUGAAAGCAUUGCAUCAGAAUUUUUGGACAGGCUUGUCAAAUGGACCAAAAAAAUUAAAAUUUCCGAUCCUUUCGAAGAAGGUUGUAGGCUUGGCCCGGUUGUUAGUGGAGGGCAGUAUGAGAAAGUAUUAGAAUUCAUUGCAACAGCUAGGAGUGAAGGUGCAACCAUUUUGAGUGGUGGCGAUCGUCCCAAGCAUUUUACCAAGGGAUUCUUUGUUGAACCAACCAUCAUUACUGAUGUAACGACCUCCAUGCAAAUCUGGAGAGAAGAAGUUUUUGGGCCUGUUCUGUGUGUUAAAACAUUUAGUACUGAAGAUGAAGCCAUCGAAUUGGCAAAUGACACCCAUUAUGGCUUAGGAGCUGCUGUUAUAUCAAAUGAUCUAGAAAGGUGUGAUCGUGUAACCAAGGCUUUCCGGGCAGGUAUUGUAUGGAUCAAUUGCUCACAGCCAUGCUUCUGUCAGGCUCCAUGGGGAGGCAUUAAGCGCAGUGGUUUUGGGCGUGAAUUAGGAGAAUGGGGACUUGAAAAUUACUUGAGUGUGAAGCAGGUAACGCAAUAUAUCUCUGAUGAACCAUGGGGUUGGUACCAAUCUCCCGCCAAGCUAUAAGAGCAAGUUUUCUGGGGAAAAAAAAUGCAGAAUUGCAAUCGUAGCAUAAUGAUGGAAAUGAAUACCAUGUAAUGAACUCCAUGUUCGUGUACUGAAUGGAACUUUGGGCGGAAUAAGGAAUUUCUCCCCAAACUAGAUUGUCGUCUGGUAUGGUUUAAUAACCCGCACAUAGUGUCUUUGCUGGCCCUUGCCGUGUACUCCUGUUGACCCUGUUAAAAAUCUGGAGCAUAAAGCUGCCGUAUGCUGGUUUUAUUCGGCAUUACUAUUGAGUCAUUUACAUCUAA